AUGUCAUCAGAAACACCAAGAGAAAGUCCAGAGGUGCCAACGGAAAAUACCAUGCCCCCUGAAGUUCCUGAUGCGGAAGGAGAGGUGAAGUCAAGUGACAAUCCAGUAGAGAGACAGGAGGUAGGCUCAGACAAGGAAGAAGAAUGCCUUGAGCCCAUGUCCAAGCGGCAAAGGAAGAAACUAUUGAAGCAGAAACAGUGGGAAGAACAGAAAGAUCUACGGAGGCAGAAACGGAAAGAAAAACGCCAGAAGAGAAAACUAGAACGUCAGUCAAGAUUGCACUCCAAUAACGAAGGGAAUGACAGAAAGCGAAUGCGAAGGGAAGUUGUUCCUAGUACGCUUCGCCUUAUUGUGGACUGCAGCUUUGAUGACUUGAUGGUGCUAAAGGAUGUUAAGAAGCUUCACAAGCAAAUUCAGAGAUGUUAUGCAGAAAACCGCAAAGCGUUUCAUCCUGUGCAGUUUUUCUUGACCAGCCAUGGUGGACAGUUGAAAAGCAACAUGAAUGAAAAUGACAAAGGAUGGGUCAACUGGAAGGAUAUCCAAAUUAGAACAGAGCAUUAUAGUGAGCUAAUAAAGAAAGAAGACCUAGUAUAUCUUACCUCAGAUUCCCCGGAUGUUCUCAGUGAGCUUGAUGAGAAGAAAGCCUAUGUGAUUGGAGGACUGGUGGAUCACAAUCACCACAAGGGAAUUACUUACAAAAAAGCUGUAGAGCAGGGAAUUGGUCAUGCACAGCUCCCGCUUGGAAACUUUGUCAAGAUGAACAGUCGGAAAGUGUUAGCUGUCAAUCAUGUGUUUGAGAUCAUCCUUGCAUACCUGGAGAAGAGAGACUGGAAGGAGGCCUUUUUCAGUGUCUUGCCACAGCGGAAAGGGGCUGUUGCUUUGGGAGAAGCCAAUGAUUUGUCCAAACAUGCUCUGUCUACAAAACAAGAUGAAGACAAUGCCUCGGACAGCAACUAGACUUCAGAAGGAGAAGAUGGGAAAGAUGAGACACGCAGUUCAUGGAAUAAAACUGGGAUAUGAAGUAGUUACACUUCAAAGACCAUCUGCUGCCCUUGUGAUACUGAAUUGUCUCAAUGCUUGGUAGUUCCAUACUUGCCCCAGAGCUGUUUCUGGACAAUAAGGGUAAAGAUAAAUGCAGGUUUCUUUUUACCCUGAAACUUCGAUAUUAAUAGCUUUUUUAAAAAAAAUAAAUUAAUGGCAAAUGCGGUAUUUAUUUUGUUUCCC